UGCGGCCUCUGCGCCGGUCGGGAGGGAGGGAGGGAGGGAGGGCAAGAUGGCGGAGCUGGGGAAAAAGUACUGCGUGUACUGCCUGGCCGAGGUGAGCUCGCUCCGCUUCCGCUGCACCGAGUGUGCCGACAUCGAGCUCUGCCCGGAGUGCUUCUCGGCCGGGGCCGAGAUCGGCCCGCACCGGCGUUGGCAUGGCUACCAGCUGGUGGACGGCGGGCGUUUCACGCUGUGGGGCGCCGAGGCCGAGGGCGGCUGGAGCAGCCGGGAGGAGCAGCUCUUGCUGGAUGCCAUCGAGCAGUUCGGCUUCGGCAACUGGGAAGAUAUGGCUGCUCAUGUUGGAGCAUCACGGACUCCUCAGGAAGUGAUGGAGCACUAUGUAAGCAUGUACAUCCAUGGCAACCUUGGAAAAGCCUGCAUCCCUGACAUCAUACCAAACAGAGUGACUGACCACACCUGCCCAAGUGGUGGUCCACUUUCUCCCAGCCUGACCAUGCCUCUACCGCCUCUAGACAUAUCAGUGACUGAGCAGCAGCAGCUGGGAUAUAUGCCACUUAGAGAUGACUAUGAAAUCGAGUAUGACCAAGAUGCUGAGACUUUGAUCAGUGGUUUGUCAGUGAACUAUGAUGACGACGAUGUGGAAAUAGAAUUAAAGAGGGCCCAUGUGGACAUGUAUGUGAGGAAGCUGAAAGAGAGGCAGCGCAGAAAGAACAUUGCUCGUGACUACAACCUGGUUCCUGCUUUUUUAGGGAAGGACAGAAAGGACAAAGAAAAACCUUCCAAACGCAAGAUCACAAAAGAAGAAAAAGAGCUGAGAUUAAAACUAAGGUCUCUCUACCAGUUUAUGUCUUGUAAGGAGUUUGAUGAUUUCUUUGAAAACCUGCACAAGGAGAAGGUUCUGCGAACCAAGAUUAGGGAACUACAACGGUACCGUCGGAAUGGAAUCACGAAAAUGGAAGAGUCAGCAGAGUAUGAAGCUGCUAGACACAAACGAGAGAAGAGGAAAGAGAACAAAAAUAUUACUACUGCCAAGAGGGGAAAGGAAGAUGGGAAAGAUGGAGAAUUUGCUGCCAUUGAAAAUCUUCCAGGCUUUGAGCUGCUGUCAGACCGAGAAAAAGUACUUUGUAGCUCUAUAAAUCUGAGCCCAGCACGUUAUGUGACAGUUAAAACUAUUAUAAUUAAAGAUCAUCUACAAAAAAGACAAGGCAUUCCAUCAAAAAGCCGUCUUCCUAGUUACUUAGAUAAGGUACUAAAGAAAAGGAUUUUGAAUUUCUUAACAGAGAGCGGUUGGAUAUCCAGAGAUGCUUCUUGAAUCUUGUCUGUAUGUUUUGGCAUACUUAUUCAUAUGAACAAAAGGGCCUAUUGCUGCCCUGAAUAAUUGUUACUAUCUUCCCUUUUCUCAAAACCUAGGGUUUCCAUUGUGAAAGCUUGACACCCUCAGUUUGAUGGAUUCUUUUUCAGUGGUGGAUCAUGCAAAAGUUGAAUGGCCCCACUUUUAACUUCCUUAACCUGAGGAAGUUGAUGGAUCAAGUGGCGCACAUACAUGGACUACUAGUAUAUUAAAACUGAGAUGGGGAACCUUGUCACUGUUACUGAGCAACACCUUUGGAACACAAGUUAUUGGAGGAGGGGUGAAAAGGCCCUAUCAGCUUGUAUUGUGCUGGCUAACAUUGCAAGCUUUUGUGCGCUUUACUUGGAAGCAAGGCCCAUUGCGUUCAGUGGGCUUGAUGCCAAGUAAAUCUGAAUAGGGUCAGGCUGCAUGUGUCUUUUUACUGAAUCUUGUACAUUGCAGUUGAGAAGAAAUUAGGAGUUCUUGGUGAAUAUCCUUAUUAGUGAAUGUUUUUAUAGUUCAUUGUCAUAGUAUAUGUAUUUCAUGGGAUGGGCAGCAGAAAUUGCAAAAAAACAUGGGAGUAUAGAAGGCAGCUAUAGGGUGGGGCAUUGAGUUGCUUCAUUUGCUUGAGGGGCAAUGCAUUGUGGUUAUUUUUUGGAUUGAUGGGCUCCACCAUCUAGGUGAUUGCAGAACUGUGGGAUGCUUUUGGCCAAUAAUUAGCAUUUCCUUUGUGAACACGGUCAUGAUCCAGGAGCUCUCAUAUGAGUGCAUUGGUGCUACUGUUCUUUUCAGUGGUUGGAGUGCCAUGAGGAAUGCAUGCAUGCACACCUGUACAGAGGGGUUUCACUUAAUAGAAAUGAAAACUGUUCAUUCAAGUACAGGAUGACAAACACCCAUUAGGUAGCAGUAAUGGCAUCUGGUUUCUGUAGAGUGAACUGCUACAUCAUGUGUUGGAUCCAGUCUCCUGCAAGCAGAGAAAAUCCCCAGGAGAUAUUUAUACCCCUUCUUGUUGUGGCCGUGUCACUCCUGCAAGGAGAGAGAAAUCUGGCGGACAUACAGGACACAGUCCAGGUAGCUUUUGUCUCAGUCCAUCAAAAUUUUAAAAAGAAAUAAGAGUCUUCUCCUGCUUAAUACAAAAGAAAAAGGAAAGUACAGGUGGCUGAAGAAGGGAGACUCAGCAGAAAUCAUCCCGCUCCCCAGCUCUUGUGGGAAAAAGUCACCCAAGAGUAGUGACCUGUUUCUUUCCCCUUUCUUGCUUUGAUCAUUUAUAGUGUUCUCGAGGGCCCCCCGUAUUCAGAGGCAGCUUCUGUUGGGAGCGCAGAUAUUGUGAAGGGUAACUGGCAAAGAGGUUUGUUUGUAGUUGAUAGGAUCCAACACCAUGCACCUACCAGGAGGUUGUAUUGAGGCCUGCCAGGUGUUUGAUAGUCGCUUUGGUUCUUCAGCCUCAGGCAAGUAGCAAAAAUGGAAAGCUUUUACCAAGCUCCUGCUGGGGGUUUGGCAGUGUAUAAAUUGUGCACAGGUCUGACUUCAGACAAAAGUUGCCCAUCAGGCAGCUUCACACUCGGCACAGAUCAGCAGCUCUAUUUUGUUUCAGGUGGUCGGCCUGAAGGGAUUGUGCCAAAUUCAAACACUCACUUAUUGGUCGCCUUUUAUCAGUGACUAGACAGCUGACAAUCCAGAGAUCUUUUUUGUUUAGCGGGGUUUCCUUCCCUAAGAGAAGCCUUUCCCAGUUGCUUUGGUAACUCAAGAGACAGCUCCCAGAGCAGUCUUGCUAUGUGGUGUCACUGCAAAACUUACAAAAACAUCUAUCUCCUGCAUGCCCUUUGUGUGACACAAGGCAUUCUUUGGAUUGCGCUGUUGCUGCCUGCUGGUGAAGAGAUGUUUCUGCCCUGCUUCUCUGGAGAUUGUGAGAUUUGCUGUCUGUGACUGAGCUUGUCAUCUAAAAAUAAACAGCCUGCCUGGGCCUUGAAAAACAAAAGCCUCCAUGUGCCACAGAGGUGUGAUCACUGAAGGUCCCAUUGGAUUUAAAUGUGACUGUUUUCCUGUUUAGGAUUACAGCCUUAAACAGUCCAGCUUUCUCAAAACUUUUGGAAUUUAGAAUGGAUCUACACAUUGCGUAGAAUGAAACUAUAAAUCAAGUUGAUAGAAUUGUGAAUCACUUGAGGGGAGAGUUGCUUUUUUAAAUGCCUCCUCAUAUAUAACCCCACCACUGUUACAGUAAAUCAGCACACUGGAGAAGGAAGUUUAAUGCAGUCCUCUCCCUGGAGCGCUUAUUGAGUUUUUUUAGGGGUGGGUUUGCUGGAUUAAUAUGUUGAGCUUUUAUGGGUGGGAACAUUCCGAAACAUGACACAGCACACUUUUAGCCUUUAGUUGUAAUUCUACAUAAAGUGCAUAACCAUGUUUUCUACAGAUUGGGAUGUAAUUCAAAUACAGCUCUUUAAUUCCAAAUCUUGAACAACUCUGUACAGGCAUGGCGGAAUAAUUUUGGCCCUUUCCACUUUAUCUCCAGCACUUAUCUGAUCCACUGAUGUCACAAACACCACCAGCCCUGAGGAGACAGUUCUAGUCCUGUUUUUCCCUAGUGUGUGUGCUGCCUCAUCGAAGAAAGGAACUUUGUUCCCCUUCAUAAACUAGUUAAAUGGCACUGUUUUGACAAAAGGUUCUAUGCUCUGGUUACAAACUUUGAUGCAUCAUACAGCUAUAGAUUUUGGCCCCAGUAUGGAGUUAAUCACAUUUCAGUCACAUAGCCGUCAGUGACGUUGGAACACAGCCCGCUUUCUCUGGCCAUUAACUUACCUUAUCCUUCCUAGUCUUCUUAUACAGCUUGAGAGAUCGUUCUUCUUAAGACUUUGUGACACACACAUGCUGUUAUGUGCCUACCUUAUUUAUAGAGCUAGGACUGUGUGGGGUUUGGGUGCUUUCACCAUUAUUAUACUGGUAUGUAUGAUGCAGUUAAAGUGAGGCGUUUCAUGGACAAAAGACUCUCACAGACAGGUAUGAUGGUAGGAAAAGUUUUACCUUUUGUUAACACUUUCUUGUUGCCUAAGAGAAGCAGUUUUGGUGCUAAAGGCACAGUUGAUAAUUUGAAGUAUUUUUUUUAGUGUACCAAUACUCUGGAAAAGACUUCGGUAAACAUUUUCAUGUGACAGCAAACAUUUCUGCAAAGUUUAACAAGAGCGAAUAAAUCUUUUCAGCUAAUGUUUCUCUAAGGUUGUUUUAGAAGUAAAAUCAUCUCUGACCUGCAAUAACUAAUCCUACAGCAAAAAUAAAAUUAAUAGGCUCUUGCCAUGAAAAGCA